AGACCUCCACAGUCCCUGAGUUCCCGCAGCGCCGCUCCGCCUUCCUCACCCAGCCGCGUUCCGCAGCUCCUUUUUACCGCCUCACGCGUCUGCUCGCUCACGGAGACGCCCGCGGGUCUCUGCGCUCCGGGCCGCAGGUCCUGUGUUCAGCGCGCCUGGCCCGAGCAGGAUCACCGAAGCCGAUGAGGAUCUGCUGAUCCGGAGUUGCGGAGUUCUGCUUUUCACUUUUCAAUAGCGGUGAAGCAUGUCGGAGAGGGCCGAGGAGGGCGAGCCGCGGGCGGAGCAGCGCGCCAGAGCGCCGCCCAGACACCAGCAGCUGCGGACUGAAGGCGCGUCAGCAAUGGCGGCCAUCGGCGAGCGCGCGGCGUCUCUCCCGAGUCCGGAAGUCAUGCUGGGCCAGGCGUGGAACUGCUGGGCGGACGCCGUGAAGCUGCACGCGACCGACGGCAUGGAACCAGAAGAAAGUUAUAAAGAGUGCGGGAGGAACAGAGAAGCCAUGCGACUGUGCAGAGACGAUAUGCCAAUUUUUGGGCAAUGUCCUGCGCAGGACGACUUUUUCCUGGUCAUGUGCAGCCACUGCAGUCAGGUCGUCAAACCCCAGGCCUUCCAAGCACACUACGAGAGACGUCACAGCUCCAUUAACAAGCCAGCGUCCUCCUACCAGUCCUCUGCCAUGCUCCCGGGUGUCCCCUCCCGGGCCAGGACGGGAGGAGCAGGCGGAGUGGGCCCUGCCAGCGCCAUGCCCGUGGGUUCCUCCUCCUCCACUGGAGGGAGCAACAGCACCCACACAGCCAAAGAGAAGCUGCCUCACCGGAAGCCUCACUUCCCCCCAAAGGUGCUGCACGACGACAUUCUGACCCCAGCUGUCAAAGUGGAGAAGAUCCAUGUGAAAAUGGACUACGGCUUCUCCAAGCCUGGCCACGUGCCCACUCCUUCCUCAUCCUCUUCUUCCUGCGUUACUGUGAGCUCCUCGCCCUCGAAACAAGGCCUUAAUAGCCAGUCUGUACCAAAGGCUCACCAGCCGUCCCCAGGCCACAUCCCAAAUGGAAAGAGCCACCUCUCGCCGCUCAGCAAGAAGCAGGACAGCAGCACCAACGCAAGUAGCAAACGACCCACCAGGAAAGUGUUAGAACGCGAGUUCAAUCCUGAUGUCCAUUGUGGAGUUAUGGACAUCGGAGCACGUAAGCCAUGCACAAGAUCCUUAACAUGCAAGACACAUUCCUUAAGCCAGAGAAGGGCGGUUCCCGGGAGGCGGAAGCGCUUUGACGUUUUGCUGGCAGAGCACAAGAAUCGAACACGGGAAAAGGAGCUGCAACAGCAUAGGACGGAGCCAACCCCACAGCCUCUCAGGGAGCCCCACCCACCCCCUCACCACGGCAACCCCACGGUCGCUGCCACUGACACAGCCAAGCUCUUCCCCCUCAGCAAAGCCAAACCCCACAAUCCUGUGCUUCCACGCAGCGGGCUGAGCAGUUUAGGGGACAACGCCAUGACCCCUGACCUGACAUUGCAUCCCCACUCUGCUCCCACUCCCGACGGUGCGGCUUGUCCCUCCAGUGACGAGGGCGAGAACGAGGGAGAGAGAGAAGAGAUCAUGGACAAACUGGACUGCCACUAUUCAGGUUACCAUCCACGACCAGCUGCUUUCUGCAAUUUUGGAAGCCGACUGUUCGGGAGAAGCUGUUACUCUUUCGACCGGCGCUGGGAUCGGGUCCGGUAUGCACUGGUGGCCAUGACGGACAAACACGUCAACUCGUUGAUGUGGAAAAAAGUUCCACUUGCACUGGAAAAUUCCUCCUCGUCUGCAGUUACGUCAUCUCACCGGUCCAGCACAAACUCGCUGUCCUCUUCCUCAGGCUUUCUGAGCCCCUCCCCUCCGCCGCCUUACAGCCAGUCACAUGACAGCAAGCCCACACUGCCGUACGGGACCACACUAAAUGCCCGUGUCACGUCACAGAGGGCCGGAGAGCAGCUCACUUACAGCGGCAUAGGCUCCUCCAGACAAGUGUCCUCAUCCUCACCCCAGAUGCCUUCAGCACACUCGUCCUCGCUGCCCUCCACUCCCGGCUCGAACAAAUCUGUCAAAUCCCGCUCCGGACCCAAGCACUUCUGGGUAAAGGAGCCCCCUCUGGCCGCACUAGCUAGCUCCAGUGCAAACAACAGCAGCAGCAGUGACACCGGUGUUGUGAGCGUGAGCAGCAGCGCGAUCAGCCUCGGCUCGACAAAGAAGCGCAAGAACAGCUCUCUACUGAAAUACGGCGUCGAGUCCUCCCUGUCGUCCUCCUCUUCCUCUUUCAAAAAGAACUGCACGGUCAACUCGGGCACCUCAGGGAGCAGUUUUCACUCCUCGCUAACCUCUACGGCAUCGUCUGCGGCUUUUUCGCCGCCCCCCUCUUCCUCUUACUCCCACGGUGCAGGAAUGAACUGCCCGUCAGGUCGCGCCAGCUCGAUGAGCGCGCGCCAGGACGCGGCCGAGCCCAUCAAGCGCAUGAGCGUGAUGAUGAACAGCAGCGACUCGACGCUCUCGCUCGGGCCGUUUGUGAACCACCCAGACUGCAGAACAGACACGAAGAGGAGGAAGAGCUCACAGGCCACCAGCAGCCUCACUGGCACAGCUACCUGCACAGCACCUGCCGUGGGAGGGGGAGGGGCACAAGGGCCGGGGAGGCCCAAAAUGGCCAAGUCUCCAGCCAUCAACAACAUUCACGGCAAACAUUCACGGCCCAUGCCUGGGACGCCAGGGCUUCCUAACAACUCACUAAUACAUCAGCCAAAGGCUCGUCCCUGACACAGGUGGGCCGGCUCUGGGGGUGUGAAGUGGUGGAGCGGAGCUCCCUUAGCGCCAGUCACGGCACACUGCACGAGGCCUUCUUCUUCUUCUUCUUCUUCUUCUUGUCCUCCUUCUUCUUCUCUUACUCUCAGCUUCCCACAAUCCUCAGGGUGGAGAGUGCACUGGGCCGCUCACUGACGGCGCGCUGUUUCUCCUGGCCACAAGGGGGCAUCAAAAAUGAGGAAAAUACACCAAGAGAGGGAGGCGCAUAUGUGUGUGUAUGAGUGCGCGUGUGGCGGGUGCAUGAGUUGGCAGUCACCCCAGUGGCAGGUGGUGUGUGAUGCACAGGAACAGUUACACUACUACACAGCGCCAGACAGACUUGGUUGGGCUUCAUUAGCAAAAGGAGCAUUUCUGUUCAUUCGUGUGAAAGUGUGUGUGUGUUCAUGUGGGUGAUACCGGAAUACUGGAACUGAAACUGUGUGUGUGUGAACUGUGAGUGUGUGAGGGUGGUGCACAGGAAAAAAAAGAUGGAAUAUCAGGAGUCUCAGAGACGAUAAAAAUAAUGCAAUCCCAUUUAGUUUAAUAAACAUAUUUAUUGUGUAAAA